AUGCACACCAACCGUAAAAGCAGCAGCAGCAGCAGUAGCGAAGAACGGUUACCACGGCGAUCCAACUCAUUUGGCGGCCAUAACAAACGAUCGCUGGUAGCUUCCCUGACACACGUAAUUCCAACCAACAAACAAAGCUCACUCGACCUCAGUUCGUCAUCAGCCCCAGCAUCCGAAAUACCCUAUAUUGCACAAGAUAGCAACGCUGAAAUCCAUGAUCUCGCAUUAUUCCGACCGUCCUAUGGCGGUGUCAACAUCUCCGCCGUGUGGGAAAACUGUACGAUGCGUGGCUGGAUGACCAAGCACAUUCCACCGUCGUACUCGUUCACAAAGACGAAAAAGCAGCGUUAUGUCAUUCUAGCAGACCGGAUGCUUUAUACGUUCAAGACAGAAACACCGACAUCACAUUAUCGCGAAUUUUUCGAGUUGACCAAGGACACGAGUGUGUUUGUCACGGAUUAUAUAACAGGGGUCAUGUAUUGCAUUGAAGUGACGAAAUUGGCCGGAGAGAAAAAGAGCUGGUAUUUGCAGUGCGAAACUGCCGAGCAUAUGAAAAUGUGGCUGGAUCGGUUAAAGAAAACGGUUGCUUGGUUACGCGAUGACAAACUGCGCAAACGAGUCGUGACGAAUCAGUACGAGUGGGACAAUGCUUCAGUCAAUAGUCGCAUGAGUGUGCCGCCGUCUCAUCAUCACCCGCACCAGACAUCAUCAUCUGCUCCGCUCCAUCCUUCUUCUAUACCACCACAACAGCCGCCACCGCGAUCCGCGCCGCCACCACCUCCUAUUUCUUCUUCUUCUACUACAGCCAUGCACUUUCAAAAGUUUGAAUUCUAA